AUGGCUGUGGAAUGGGAGGUGGAUGAGCAUCAAGAGGCAGCAGUGAGAGGGGAACUGGCUGCAGUGAAGGGAGAGGUCGCAAUGGUGAAGGGGGAAAUGGCAGAAGCGAAGGGGGAGGUGGCGGAAGUGAAGGGGGAGGUGGCGGAAGUAAAGAGGGGGGUGGCAGAAGUAAAAGGGGAGGUGACGGAAGUGAAAGGGGAGGUGGCGGAAGUAAAGGGGGAGGUGGGGGAAGUAAAAGGGGAGGUUGCGGAAGUUAAGGGCGGGAUGGGGGAAAUGGUACAAGUGAAGGGGGAAAUGGCUGAAAUGAAGGGGGAGGUGGCGGAAUUGAAAGAGAAUCUGGCAGCAGCAGUGACGGAGAAAAGAAAGAAUGCCUGGUCACAGAUGGAGAUGGAACUGGGGGCAGUGAAGAGGGAGCUGGCUCAACAGAAGGAUGGGAUGAUGAAGAUGCAUGCUGAGCAGAAUGAUGGGAUGAUAAAAAUGUGUGUUGAGCAGGGGGAUGCGAUACUGAAGUUGCAUGCUGAGUUGGCUGAGCAGAGGGAUGGGAUGCUGAAGAUGCGUGCUGAGUUGGCUCAACAGAAGGAUGGGAUGAUGAAGCUGCAUGCUGAGUUGGCUCAACAAAAGGAUGGGAUGAUGAAGAUGCAUGCUGAGCAGAAGGAUGGGAUGAUGAAGGUGCAUGCUGGGCAGAAGGAUGCAAUUAUGACGAUGCGUGUUGAGUUGGCUCAACAAAAGGAUGCAUUGAUGAAGUUUCACGUUGAACUGCAAAUCUGCCAGAGUUGGGGCAGUCAAAAGACUGCAUGGGAGGUGAGUAGUUGUUUCAAAAGGCAUCGUCUCACAGUGCAUGCACUAUUUGAUGAUCUUUUAUAUUCCCUCCUUAAUCUAUCUUCCCCCCCUCCAAUCCAAUUCCGCCAGAGAAUCAAGGCAGCAUCACAAGCAACCGGCCUGAGCCUGGCCAAUCUCAACGGCCUCUCAGAUGACAUCCUCGCUCACGUCUCGACAAUGACCCAUCUCAAGGGCAUAGACUUGCAAUAUAAACCGGGCUUCUUUCGGUGGGCAGCAUUCUCAGGCAUGACUGCAGAGAGCAUGAAGCACUUGUACAGGCUGCCACGGCUGGAGAAGCUAGACCUGAGAGGCAGAGACAUCUCGGACAGUGCCUUGGAAGGCAUUGGGUCCUUGACCAAUCUGAAAAGCCUCUAUCUCGAUCGAACCAAGGUGUCCGAUGCUGGAUUACGGUAUUUGACACGACUCCCCUCUCUGAUAAUAUUGAGCCUUACAGGAUGCAUGAGUGUGACAGAUGCUGGCAUGGUGCAUGUGGGGAGGCUGACGGGCCUUCAGAGUCUGUGGCUGGAUGGCACGGCAGUCAUGGAGGAUGGGCUGCAGCAGCUGACUGGCCUGACCAAUUUGAAACAACUCUUUGAGCCAGGGGGGGGGGCGCAGGCAGAUAGGCUGGUAGAGUGGCAGGGAGUGAGUGAUGUUAGAAGGGAGCUGAGCUCGUGGAAGAGUUGA